AUGCCAAAUUCACUCAAACAGUCCAUGCUGGAUGAUUCAAGAAUACGUAGAGCCUGGGCCUGUUCUGAAGUGGAAAUGGGUCGUCGUGAAAAGCAACAUGAGAUUGCAUUAUUUAUCACCUGCUACGGUUUGCGACGCUCGAGUCCUGUACAGUGCCGUUUUUGGCUCGGCGUGCAGGCGUUCGAGGCGCUCGUCCGGGACUUCGAGAAGCGCGGCCAACAGCUGCUGUUCCUUGACGUGGACCCCGAGGUGCGCGACCUGCUCCACCGGGCGGGCCUCUACAACUCCAUCAGCUUCUGCGAGGAAGAGGACGACCUCCCCGCCAUGCUCUUCGGAGAGUCGCUGCUGCGCUCCGGCCAGGACGGCGACGACGACGAGCAGAGCGAGGAGCGCACCGAGCCCGCCGCCUCGGCGCUCAUCCCGCUCAACGUUUGGGAGGAGGCGCCCACUGGCGGAGACCGGCCGCAGCUCACCCAGCGCGCGGCUAGCGUGCCCAGCUGAGGACGGGCGCGUCUGAAUCUCACUGCCGUGGUCAUGUGUGUGUGUGUGUGUGUGUGUGUUUGUUUGUGUUUGUGUGUGUGAGAGAGAGGUAGACAGGCAGACAGGUAGCUGACAGAUAGACAGACAGACAGACAGACGGACAGACAGAGGACCAGAGAGAGAUAGGUACUGCCAUCAAAAGUAUGGCGGGUUGGUUAAUGAAACCGAGGGUGAAAGGAUGAAAAGCUAAUUUAAUACAUAUCAAUAAAAUAAAUACAUCGACUUCUUU